AAUACAUUUUGCAUUUUUAAUUCCAUGUGCGUUGCGUUCAUGAAGAAUCACUGCAGUGCUGAAGAUUUUCCCUGUCCCACCCUAAUUUAAUUAAUAUGUUCUUUACAGUGAACUAUCUGCAUGCAUUUUACAGGUGCUUAGACAAAACAGAAUGGGAAAGCUCUUAAUUACUUGCUUGGUUUGCACCUUGUAAGAGGAGGUGCAAAGUUUUAAAUCCUUACAUCUCAUUAUAAUGUUUGAGCCUGCUUAGUAUUCCAGAUCCCUGUCCAAUUCUAUGCUCUUUUCUUCAUUUGAAUACAUUUCAAUACCAAAGUGCUAAUUUGAUAGUAGGUGCAGAACGCCAGAUGAAAACCAUUCUUUACAUACACCACAUUUUUAAUGACCGCUAAAGUCCCACUUUACGCCAGCUAAACACAUUUUAUGGCAGCGAUAUCAAUGUUUUUCAGCAGCAAAUCACUUUGCACAUAUCCUUACAUCGGCCCCUAAGUUUCCUAUCUAUGUAUCUUUUAUAAUGUAUGUGUUUUUUUCAAAGUUUUGGCAGGACAACUUCUUGAACUCCAUAAAGUUCACACAAACUGCUUUAAAAUGUCUAACUGAAGGGGAUGGAAGGCAGGUGUCUGUUGAGUUGGCUGCUGUUCAGACCAAAGCAAGCUCUUUAUUGCAGUGUGGUUACACAGUAAACCUGCUCCCUCUAUUAAUGAUCAUAUGAUGUGGUAUCUGCAUUAUCAACUAAUUUCAGACAAAGCAUAACCAGUACUAGGAAGGAGAGAUAGAUUAGUGAGAAACAUUGUCAGCACAGGUUGAGGAAGGAAGUCAGAAGAAAGGAAAAAGUUGAGUUAAUGGGCAUUUGGCCAAAUAAGGAGAAUUAGAAAAGGAACGUUCCUGUAAAAUAAAUAAAAGCAGUGGGGAAAAUAUUUCAGAAUUUGUUCAAUUGUUUUUAAUUUGGCUAGGCUGUGAUUUUUUCAGAUAUAUUUAAAAUGAAUAAGUAGGUAUAAAGCAGUCUUAUUUAGUUUGAAAACACGUCUUACAAUUAUACAAUUUAAUAAAUAAUAAAUGGCUGGUUGGGAUUCAAAUGGAAUAACAUCAAUCAUUAAGUGAGGAAGCUCUGCAUCAGGAAUUUUCAAUGUCCAGUGCUCGGAGUAGAUACAUCUUCCUUUGAUUCUUUGACCAUACAAUAACUGCAAUGAGUGGGUCAGCAGAGCUGGAAUAUAAAUUGGGAGACCAGAGGAGAGGAGGCAGAGAGACUUCAAGGGUGGGGAGGUACAGUGUUUCCCCAGUGAUCCACCACUCCAUUGAGGAGAUUUUAAGGAAACCUAUUGAUUUAAGAACAGUGGAAGGGAAGGAGAGGAGGUCCGUGAGGGAAGAUGGCUACCCAGAGUGCCAGGAGCAGAGCGCAAAUCUUCAUCACAAGAAGGAGCUUGCUUUACAGUGGAAGUCAGCCCUGCUGAAAGAACCCCUGUGGACAGUGACUGGAUCCAUCCAGGAGUCCCCACCCCACACCAAACCUCCUGAACAAACCAGCCCCCCAUCCAGCUUUUCACUGAGAACAGAGGCUGUCCACAAUAGGAAUUCUACAACCCCCAGGGAGGGGCAACUGUGCCAGAGAGAGCAAAUACAGGAGGCUGAGGCCAGUGACACCCCAGUGUGUCGGUCCUUAUAUAUGGACAAGAAGGGGCGCCAGAGAAUCCGAACUACCUUCACUUCCGAACAGCUGCAAGAGCUGGAGAAGGUCUUUCAGAUCACCCACUACCCUGAUUUGCACACACGGGAUAAAUUGGCUGCCAAGACCCACCUCCCCGAGGGCAGAGUGCAGAUAUGGUUCCAGAACCGCCGUGCCAAGUGGAGGAAGUUUGAGAAGCUGGAAAAUAUUGGUGGUCUGCAGUACCUGACAGAGAGGGAUGUGGGCCACUGUUCACUGCCUCUGAAGCUCACUGCUGUUCCUUCCCUGCCUUACUACCAUCCCUCCACAGCUCCACAUCACUUCCACAAAGUCCCUCCUGACACCCACUCCCUCAUCAAGCUGUAUCCCCACCUGCUCUUAAAUGACUUGCCUCCUGGAUCCCUGUCUAUCUCACCUUCUCCAUCAGCCACUCCUUGAGCUGACCUGCAACUCCCACAGUCUGAACUGCGGGUAAACCACCUGUCUCUCAACUAAGUUAAACUACAAAGGACAGUGGCACUUUUCUAAGUUGCAAAGUGGUUUAGUUUACCUCUGGAGAGUUGGUUUGAUUCCAGUAGUAGAUCCCUUCAUGUCUGGAGCUUGAUAAAAUAUGUUUGACUGUUUUUCAGCCCAGGUCCUGACAAUUUUUUUUUUUUGGAAAGUACUUUAUUAAAUAAUACAGUAGGCUUGUCAUGUGGCAAUUUAAUUCAAAGAAGCGACUGUCAUAUAAUCAAUUGUGUCAUAUAAUUACGACCUAGAUUAGUAAAAAUAGAUAAAUAUUUGCCAGAACUGAAAAGGGCAUGAAGAACUGCAAUCAGGAGUAUAGUGUUUGGCUGCAUAGGUAAUAUUUGUGCACUACUCAUGCAAAAGUACCUUUUGAGUGCUAUUCUGGAUGAGAAUGCUAAAUGCUGUUGGUAUUCAAUUAUUUAGAAAAUAUUGCCAAAUUAUUGCAGCAUUCAAGUGUAAAGGCAUGUAUGUGAGAUUGUGGAUUAAAACACUGGCUUUUAUAAAG